AUGAGCUCCCUAAAUCUUGAGUUGAGGAGGCGGGUGAUUACCAUUUACAAAGAACUCCUUUUCCUCGGACGCGAGUACCCCCUCGGAUAUGACUACUUCCGCCCACGCCUACACCGGGCCUUCAGCGCCAACGCGGGGCUGAAAGACGAAGAGGCGAUCGAGAAGGGCAUCCAGAGGGCCGAGUUUGUGAAGAAGGGUAGGUGA